UUCUGGAUGCAUGUGGGCAGUCCACGCGGAUAGUUUUAUCUACUUUUAUUCAGUCGUGUCUUGUUUUAUCAAACAAAUACUGUUUAUUGUGUGAAGCGAGUCCAGUCCGAUUUUUCUUCAAGAAUAAUUACAUCAAAAAGCAAACAUCAUGGUCAGAGCACGAAGGGCUGUGAAAAAGCCCAGAUCAAAGAAGCAGCAGCAGCAAUAUGACAGUGAUGAUCCUGAUGCUUAUAUAAAUGAAGAGAUUCCUGAUAAGAAAUCGUCAAAAUAUAUGGAGGAUAAAAUAGACGAAUUCCACAACGAAAAGAUCUCAAAACUUUUGGCUGGAGGGGUUCAAGAAGACAGCGAUCAAGAGUAUGAAGAUGAAGAGGAGGAAGUCAUGCCCCUGACACUUGAGGAUUCAGAAGAGGAAGAAGAACAGGAGGAGGGAGAGCAGGAGGAUGAUGAUGAUGAAGAUGCAGACAUGGAGAGUGACCUGGAAGGGAAAAAAGAUGAUGAUCUCCCAAAUGAUAUGGCUUGGGGACAAAGAAAGAAGAUUUUCUAUGAUUCUGAUUAUAUCGCCACAAAGGGCAAAUCUCUUGAAGAGAUUGAAGCAGAGGACAAAGAAGAGGAAGAAGAAGCCAAAAACAUUCAGAAGAGACUGGCAGCCAACAUGAGUGAGGAAGACUAUGAUCUCAACCUGCUUGAGGAGUUUGCAGCAGAGGUUCAUGCAGAAAAGGCAGUUGAAAAAGAGGAAAGGAUUGUGAAGGACCUGAAGACAAUGUCACAGAAGGAAAAGCUGAAACUGCUAAAGAAAGAGUCACCAGAGUUAUUGGAACUUAUUCAGGACUUCAAAGCAAAGCUUACAGAGUUGAAGGAUGAGGUGCAGCCCCUUGUGGAUAUGGUCAAAAAUGGGCAGAUUCCUCCUGGAAAGGGUGCAAAUUACCUCAUUACCAAACAGCAACUUUAUCUCAAUUACUGCACAAACAUUAGUUUUUAUUUAGUUCUCAAAGCAAAGCGAAUUCCAGCACAUAACCAUCCUGUAAUUGAGAGACUGCUGACCUACAGGAAUCUGAUAAAUGAACUAGCCGUGGUAGACGCUAGACUGGCUCCUCAACUGCGUCAGCUUCUCUCUGGAGACCAGCCAGACUGGACUACAAAAAGAUCAGCGGGCAGCAAACAUAUCAAAACCAUUGUGUCAGGAGAGGCUGGGUUGGAAGAAGCCGAGGUAUCUGACUCUGAUGAAGAAGCAAAUCUGCGCUUCUAUAAUGCCAUGGCAGAGAAGCAGAAACUCAAGAGGAAGAAGGAGAUACAGAAUGAGGAAGGAACAAUGGAGGAGGAAGAAAUGGCAGGAGAUGCUAAAAGAAGAAUUACCCAUCAGAUGUCCAAGAACAAAGGGCUCACACCCAAGAGGAAGAAGAUUGAUCGGAAUCCCAGGGUCAAACACAGAGAGAAGUUCAGACGUGCACAGAUUCGUAGGAAGGGUCAAGUUCGUGAGGUGCGGCACGAGGAGACGAGAUAUAGUGGCGAAUGGUCUGGUAUUCGUGCUGGAGUUAAGAGGAGUGUCAAACUCAAAUGAUAAAUCUCAACCAAGCUGGAAUGAUAUGAUCAAAUUUACUUCUGGUGUUCUACUGUUGGAAGUGAUGUUAUUUACAACUGCUCAAAAAGUAAAUGAAUAUGAAAUAAACUUACCAAAUAUAAUCAGACAUUUUUUAUAUUUUCUCCC